AUGUCAAAUUAUCAUUACGUUCUCAAACGAAGUAUCGAUGAUAUACCGACAUUGAUGUUGGCUAUUACAUGUAGUCGAAAUGAUAUUGAAAAUUCUUAUAUUGUUGUGAAAACUGUUGAAGUAAUAGAUGAAAAAGAUUUUAUUCGAUUUUUAAAUAUGGCUAUUGAUGAUGUUUUAUAUUUGUUAAAUGAAACUUUACAAUUAUUGAAAAAAGUACACAAUAUUGAAAGUCAAACGGAUCAAAAGGGAGAGAUAGAACGAGAAAUUAUGCCAACAUGGAGUAAAAUAUCACUGUUUAUUACCAAUUGUAAAAUGUUAAAAAUCAAAGACCCAUCAAAAUAUUUAUUUGAUCCUAAACGUUUAUUUGAAACAAUGAUUGGUAUUUACAUUGUUUUGGUUAAUCAUUUUGUUGAAGUUUAG